AUGUCGACCCACGAGACUCACCCGAAUGAUCAAGAUCAAGAGGAGGGCCAGAAACCACAGCAGCGCCGGAGGAUACCUGUCGCUUGCGGGCGCUGUCGAAAACGCAAGAUCAAAUGCAGUGGUCCCCAAGGAGACGAUGGCUGCCAUAACUGUAAAUUAGCUGGCACCAACGACCACUGCCAGUUCAAUAGAGUUCAGUCAGAGGAGUUGCCAUUCGUCAAGGACAGCUUCAAUUACGACUCUUCCGCUGCCCUGCGCACUCUUCAUCGGAGCAGAGGCCUCCCAUGCUACACAGCACCAUACGGGACCCCUUCAAUAGGGAACACUCUUGGCAGCCAGCAGUCAUAUAGACAGCUGCCCCUCAAUGAUUAUCAGUAUCCAACCAAGGCCGCCUAUUACACGCCUCCAUACGGGAUCGAUUACGCCGAUGAUGGUGUCGAUUACAACAUCAUGCCCCAUACGUUCCAGCAGUUAAACCAGGACCAAAUCGGACUUCAAUAUGCGACAAACCCGCCAGCCAGGCCGUGGACACCGGCUCCCGGAUUGAAAGCAGCUGGAAACGCUGCGUGCUACGAUCCGGACCCAUCUUGUGCCUAUACUUCGGCGCCUCCUCUGCUGUACAACCACGCUGCGAGUUAUGCAUCCCGCUCUAGCAUCAGCACGGAAUCAAGCAACUUCUCCUUCCACAGUAUGGCGAGCUCACUUCCAGCGGCAUCUGCUCUGACAAGCAAUGAACGAGUGCUUCCCAUGCCUGCACGCCCUUUGGCCCGUACAUCCGAUGGGGUUGUAUACUAUAGCGGCUUGGCCCCAAAUUCCGGUUCUGGGAUCAAGACGGACAGCGAAGCUCCUCUAUCAGUAUCUUCGGACGGCACGUCUCAUUCAUACUCUUCCACCGACAACACUGGCGAGCAAGAUUUAUAUGUCAGCACCUCCAAUGGCUGGACACACACUCCAGCCCAUCAGCCAUCAUUGCGCGCCCAAACCUCACAAGCCGAACUUUUCAGUUACGGCGCCAGCAGCGACAACUUGCCCGUCCGCAAGCUGCAAAUGGACACAGGAGGAACGCUAUGUGAUGGAAACGUAUACGUGCCGUUCACAAGCUCAAGCUCAGGCCGUGCGGGUCAGGCACUGAGCGACGACCAGGACCGUCUCCACGAGACCUCCCUCCACCGAGAAGCCAUCAGCAAUGUGGUUGCAUGAGAAGCC